GGCUGGGGGUCAGGCCCGAGUCUAUACCAUCACCCAUGAUGAGACCGCUCGCAAUGCAGGUACCAUGUCCGGAAUGCUUUCGAUAUCCCAUGUUCAUGUCUUUGCUUUAUGUGAUACCGGUGCUACCCAUUCUUUUAUUUCUUCUCGUUGCUUGGAGGCUUUAUCUUUUGGCACCGUGCAUGCUUGUGAUCCUCUCGAGUUUAGUUUAGCCUCGGGAAAAAUUAUUAUAUCUGAUUCUGUGGUUCGCAAUCUCCCUAUCUGUAUUGGUGGCCGAGUUCUAGAGGUCGAUGCCUAUGUAAUUGAUAUGCGAGACUUUGACGUGAUCUUGGGCAUGGACUGGCUCACCCGUUACCGAGCCGAUAUCCGGUGCCAGGAGCGCGAAGUCACCCUCUAUUCUGUUUCCGAUCAGCCUGUUGUGUUCUUUGGG